GAAGAUCAUCUACAACCCCCUCACUUACAAAGAGGGAAACUGAGUCCUCCAGAGGGGGCUGGUACUUGGUCGAUAUCUCCGGGGAGUAAAUGGCAUCAUCUACUCAGCAUAGUGGGGGGGCUGCUUCCAUGGCGCUUGGGGAAUGUGGCGCUUCAGAACCGAAUCAGAAUCCAGUCCAUACAAAUGCUGUCCAACUCCAUCACAGGGGACUGAAGUGUAGAUAGCAAAACCAGCUGCAAGGUUUAAACCAUGAUUCCUGUCACUGAGCUCCGGUACUUUGCUGAUACUCAGCCAGCUUACCGAAUUCUGAAGCCAUGGUGGGAUGUCUUCACAGAUUACAUAUCCAUUGUCAUGCUGAUGAUUGCAGUAUUUGGGGGGACCCUUCAGGUCACCCAGGACAAGAUGAUCUGUCUCCCUUGUAAAUGGGUUACUAAAGACUCCUGCAAUGAUUCCUUUCAAGGUUGGUCUACUCCUGCCCCGGAUUCCACCUAUUACAACUCUACAAUCCUUACAUCUCCAGACCCAGGGCCCAAAGGAAUCAAGUAUGACCUCGAUCGGCAUCAGUACAACUAUGUAGAUGCGGUAUGCUAUGAGAACCGGCUCCACUGGUUCGCCAAGUAUUUCCCCUAUUUGGUGCUGCUCCAUACACUUAUCUUCUUGGCCUGCAGUAACUUCUGGUUCAAGUUUCCCCGGACCAGCUCCAAACUGGAGCACUUUGUCUCUAUCCUGCUUAAAUGUUUUGAUUCACCUUGGACUACCCGGGCACUCUCAGAGACAGUGGUGGAGGAGAGUGACCCUAAGCCAGCCUUUAGCAAGAUGAAUGGCUCUAUGGACAAGAAGUCAUCAACUGUGAGUGAAGACGUGGAGGCUACUGUGCCCAUGUUACAGCGGAGCAAGUCAAGAAUUGAGCAAGGCAUUGUGGACCGGUCAGAGACGGGAGUAUUAGACAAGAAGGAAGGGGAGCAGGCUAAAGCUCUCUUUGAGAAAGUGAAGAAAUUUCGGACUCACGUGGAGGAAGGGGACAUUGUCUACCGCCUCUACAUGCGGCAGACAAUCAUCAAGGUGAUCAAGUUUAUACUGAUCAUUAGCUACACGGUGUACUAUGUCAACAACAUCAAAUUUGAUGUUGACUGUACCGUAGACAUUCAGAGCCUAACGGGCUACCGCACGUACCGCUGUGCCCACCCUCUAGCCACUCUCUUCAAGAUCCUGGCCUCUUUCUAUAUUAGUCUGGUGAUCUUCUAUGGCUUGAUAUGCAUGUAUACACUAUGGUGGAUGCUCCGGCGCUCCCUCAAGAAGUACUCAUUUGAGUCCAUCCGGGAGGAGAGCAGUUACAGCGACAUCCCUGAUGUGAAGAAUGACUUUGCCUUCAUGUUGCACCUUAUUGACCAGUAUGACCCUCUUUAUUCCAAGCGCUUUGCUGUCUUCCUCUCAGAGGUGAGUGAAAAUAAGUUACGGCAGCUGAACCUCAACAAUGAGUGGACAUUGGAGAAGCUGAGACAGCGGAUCACUAAGAACUCCCAGGAUAAGCUGGAGUUGCACCUCUUCAUGCUAAGUGGGAUUCCGGACACAGUCUUUGAUCUCAUUGAGCUGGAGGUGCUCAAGCUGGAGCUCAUCCCUGAUGUAACCAUCCCUCCCAGCAUCGCCCAGCUCACCAGCCUCAAGGAGCUUUGGCUGUACCACACAGCAGCCAAGAUUGAGGCCCCUGCCCUGGCCUUCCUGAGGGAGAACCUCAAGGCCUUGCACAUCAAGUUCACUGACAUCAAAGAGAUCCCUCUGUGGAUCUAUAGUUUAAAGACCUUAGAAGAGCUCCACCUGACUGGUAACCUGAGUGCGGAGAACAACCGUUAUAUUGUGAUCGACGGUCUGCGGGAGCUGAAGCGGCUCAAGGUCCUGCGGCUCAAGAGCAACCUGACCAAGCUGCCGCAGGUGGUCACAGAUGUGGGGGUCCACCUCCAGAAGCUGUCCAUCAACAAUGAAGGGACCAAGCUCAUUGUCCUCAACAGCCUGAAGAAGAUGGUGAACCUGACAGAGCUGGAACUGAUCCGCUGUGACUUGGAGCGCAUCCCCCACUCCAUCUUCAGUCUCCAUAACCUGCAGGAGAUCGAUCUGAAGGACAACAACCUCAAGACCAUAGAAGAGAUCAUCAGUUUCCAGCACCUGCAUCGCCUCACCUGCCUUAAGCUGUGGUACAACCAAAUUGCCUACAUCCCCAUCCAAAUCGGGAACCUUACCAACCUGGAGCGUCUCUACCUGAACCGCAACAAGAUAGAGAAGAUCCCUACCCAGCUCUUCUACUGCCGCAAGCUACGCUACCUGGAUCUCAGUCACAACAAUUUGACCUUUAUUCCUGCUGAUGUCGGACUGCUACAGAACCUUCAGAAUUUGGCUGUGACAGCCAACCGGAUUGAGGGACUUCCACCUGAACUCUUCCAGUGCCGGAAGCUUCGGACCUUGCAUCUGGGUAAUAACGUGUUACAGUCACUGCCAUCCCGGGUGGGUGAGCUGACCAACCUGACCCAGAUUGAGCUUCGGGGCAAUCGGUUGGAAUGCCUGCCUGUGGAGCUUGGGGAGUGCCCCCUGCUGAAGCGGAGUGGCUUGGUGGUGGAGGAGGAUCUGUUUAACACCCUGCCUCUGGAGGUGAAGGAGCGGCUGUGGAGGGCGGACAAGGAGCAGGCCUGAACCCCGGCUGGGGAGUCCGGGGGAUGAUUCCCAAUGCUGUUGGCGUGGGCAGUGCUGAGCCCAUUCCAUUCCAGGCCCGCUUCCAAACUCACCUCCCCCCACCGCCAUCCUCUCCCAUCAGACUAGCCACGAAAUCCUUGAGUGUUGAGGCCGGAGAUGAGCCAAGCCAACCCAGCAGAGUGGAGGGCAGACUGAUCUUGCUGCACCAGUCGAGGGGAGCAAGGCUCCAGGAUCACAGAGCUGAAGAGGAAACAGGAGCCAGUGGAAACUGCCGUCAGAUUGGGCACAGGCAGUGAGAAGAGGCUAGUCCUGCUCUGCCUGGGGCAGACCAGAGGACCAUGCAGCAUUUGGACAGUCAGGGUCGGAGGAUCAGGACGGCCUCGUCUGGUGAUGUUUCUCUCCAAGCAGCUGAGUUAGGGCCAGGGGGUCUCUGCUCACAUUAGGGGAGUUGAUGACUAUUAUCUAGUUAUUGGUAUUUAUUUUUUCCCUCCUCCUCUGGCCUGCCCCCUUUCUUCCCAAAUAACUUAUACAUUCCCUUGAAAGCUCAGCGCAGAUAAUAGGGUGUUUGGGGUAGUGUUUUUUUAUUUUGUUUUUUAAUGAUAUUAGAAGUGCAUUUUUUUCCCCCAACCCCAUUUUCUAGCCAAAAGAUCUAGCUGUGACCCUGCUCUUGGAUGGUUUCCCUGCUCAGUCCUCCAUGCUGCUAAAGGUCUGACCCAGGGGUCAGGAGUGAAAAGAGGGGGUCAUGAGGACUGAGCUGGUUUCCCAAAACAUUGCUAUGGUGCCUGCAACAAGUUGAGUGGGAUAAGAAGAAAAGUCUGAAACUUGUCCACUGAGACAUGUCUGAGUUUUUGUGGAGGUUUUAGAUCCUUUUUUCUUUUUUUAAGGAUUCUUUUUUAAAAGCAAAAUGUUUUUUAAAUUUUGGUUUGGGUAUUAAAAAUAAAUAAAACUUUAAAAAAAAGACACUAAGGGCCAGUAGAUAGGAACGUCUCAGGAUAGGGCGGUGGUUUCCCUUGUGCAAAGCAACAGGACAACAUUUAAUUGUGUUUCCUUUUCCCUCGAGGUUUGGGAGGUGUUGCCAGCAUCUUCCGUGAACUUGGACCAAAAGGUCUGUUUUUUCCUCUCUGAUCUUGGGGUGGACUUUUUUUUCCCUUUUCUGGUAUUCUGGCAGCAGCCGUUGGUCUGUUUCUGCUGUUCCCACCCAAACGGAAUUUUGCUGGGCAGCAGAAAUCAGACUUGGGAGCAACAUGGAGAUGGAGCAGUCAUGUUGGCAAAUCCCUGAAUGAACCUGGUGCUCUGUCAUCUCCUUUUCCUCUGUCCCCAACCACACACUUCACUCCAUACAGUGUUAAGGAGCAGUAUCAUUAGCAGUAGAUAAACUCUACCUGGAGGCAGUUUGUUUACCUGCUUCGUGCCUGGAAGACAGGACUCUGGGCUUGCCUAACACCACUGGCCUCAUUUUGCUUCCACUCCUGAACCCUCCCUCGGCUCCAUGUUGUGGCUUUCGUGUGAUAGCUGCCAUUAGCUUCAGCCUCAAAUGCAAGGGGCCAUGUGGGAAGGCUCCUCUUCCUUUACCACGGUCUACAGUAAUCACCAUUAUGCCCCUUUAAUGGGGACGUAGCAUGGGAGCGGGGAGAGGCUUUGAAAGUGUACCUUUCCAAGGUCUCUCCCCACACUUCUCAUUCCUGUCAAAGAGGAGAGGGAUGGGGCUUUUAUUUUAAUGCCAAUUUGUUUCCUUGGGCAUGUUGCCAAACCAGCCCAGGGUGGAGUGAAGCCGGGGUGCCACCUGACCCUGCCUUAGAUCACUUGGGACACUAGGGCACGUUUUAGCGUCUCUUGUCUUAAUGAUUUUUUUCUGCAUUGGUUGUAAUCUUACGAGAUAAUGCACACUAGAGACUCUGACAACCAUGAAGCAAUCCGUUACAGUUGGGUCUGGACUCGCUGACUCAGUUCACAUAUCCAAUAAAGCUAUGACAUCAAAAUUC